AUGGCCUUCUUAGAAAUCCUUAAUUGCAAUGCAAAGGCUUUGACUUUAGCUCUCAUUCUAUGCCAUCCCUUGCUAGGGGUAGUACUUUCAGAAGGCAAACUCAAUGUGGGCUUCUACUCCAAAACAUGCCCUGAAGCUGAGUCCAUUGUCCGGUCUGUCGUCGCCGAAGCCGCAAACUCCAACCCAAGAAUCCCUGCUAUCUUGCUGAGGCUCCAAUUCCAUGACUGCUUUGUUGAGGGUUGUGAUGGUUCAAUUCUGAUUGAUAAUGGUGAAGAUGGUGAGAAAAAUGCUUUUGGUCAUCAAGGCCUUGGAGGGUUUGAAGAAAUAGACAAAGCCAAAGCAAAGUUGGAAGAUGAGUGUCCUGGAAUUGUUUCUUGUGCAGACAUUGUUGCUUUGGCUGCUAGAGAUGCUAUUGUUUUGAGUAAAGGACCAUCUUAUGAGGUACAGACUGGCCGGAGAGACGGUCGGGUCUCAACUAAGUCUCAUGCCGAUGAGCUGCCGGAAGUUGACGAUUCAAUCCAGCUUCUCAAAUCCAAGUUCACAAAGAAGGGACUUUCAGAUAAAGACCUUGUCCUUCUUAGUGCUGCGCAUACCAUUGGCACCACUGCAUGUUUCUUCAUGGAGACUCGACUCUACAGCUUUAACGGCAGAGCCGGCUCUGAUCCUGCAAUCAACCCUCAGUUCCUUCCUGAACUUGAAGCCAAGUGCCCUAAAGAUGGAGACGUGAAUGCACGAAUGCCGCUUGAUGCGAGGACCGGCGAGACAUUUGACGAUCAGAUUUUGAGCAACAUCAAGGGUGGUUUUGCUGUGAUAGCAUCGGAUGCUAGGCUCUACGAGGACGAGAGUACCAAGGAAGUGAUUGAUGCCUAUGUGGGCAUGUCCAAAUCCUCAUUUGAGACAGACUUUGUCGCGUCCAUAGUGAGGAUGGGUCAAAUUGGUGUCAAGACAGGCUCAGAAGGAGAGAUCAGAAGAAACUGUAGGGCUUUUAAUUGAUCUGUUACAUAUAUUGGCUUUGAAGUUGCUUAGUAUAUAAUUAAAAAAAAAAAAACACACACACGGUUGGGCUUUGUGUUUACAUGUGUGCAAUUAGGAACA